UGAUUACACACACACGCAAACAGGGGCAGCUAGCUAAGUUACUGUAGCUGCUCAUGUGUCUAGGGCGCACCAAUGCCGCAGAACCUGGAAUAAAAAGAAAGCCGAGGGCAGUUGACGCCUCCUCGCCCUAGCCGCGCCUCUCGUCUUUUGACAUCGACGCACUGCGCUACCCUUGGCGAUAUUGUAAUCACCCCAAUCUGUCUGGUAGCUUGGUCACCGUACCGCUUCACUUAUAAGACGCAGACGCAGACGCAGACGCAUGGCCCUGGCCGACAAUACACGGCGCCUGCUCUCCUUUCCCCCCGCCGCGCAUGACACACUGUCUACUAUCUGCCACCCAACCACUAGCCUAUCUAAACAACCAUCGCUCUCUCUAGAGUAUUCGUCUAACUAUCGGCCAUGUCUGCCAAAGACGAGGUCAUCACCGACGCACAAAAUGCGCCCGCGCGGGAGUCCAACCCAAGCGAUGGCGGCAUGCCGGACCACCUCUCCUCGCUAGAAAAGACCCAUACCAACAUUGAUGUUGUCCGUACUACCCAGGACACACCGUAUUCUGACAUCCGCUUCAUGGGCACCUAUGCCGCCGCGCUGCUAGCAUGUACUGGAGCCUUUGCCACCUAUCUCAUGCCUGUGACCGCGCUUUCCAUUCUCAACACACCCCAGUACAUUGGCCCCUCUGAAAACUCUACCUGGGUAGCGCUCUCCUGGACGUUGCUCAGCGCCGUGUCCUUUACGCUGCUAGGUCGUCUCAGCGACAUCUUUGGCCGCCGGUGGUUCUUUGCUGGUUCAACUGGCGCAGCGGUCAUUGGAAGUAUCAUUGGCGCCACGGCAACGCAUAUUGAUACGCUAAUUGCCGCAUCUGUCUUCUGCGGCUUCGCAUCUGCUGGCCAGCUGUCCAUCAACUACACCAUUGGCGAGCUUGUGCCUAUUCGACAUCGCUUUGCUGCCAACGGGCUCAUCUUCCUGUUUACGCUUCCCACAUCUGCGCUGAGUCCUUACAUCGCGCGCCUCUUCAUUGUACAGACCAGUGUCGGAUGGCGUGGGAUGUACUACCUUGGUAUUGCAAUCCAUGGCGCCUCGUUUCUGCUCUGGGUCAUCUUCUACCACCCUCCAAGAUUUGAUCACCUCCAUCGCAAUCGCAGUAAGACAGAUGAGCUACGUGACAUGGACUUUGGCGGCAUAUUCCUCUUCGUCGCUGGCUCUGUCCUCUUCUUGCUCGGUCUUUCCUGGGGCGGUCAUUUAUACCCGUGGGCAUCUCCCGCAGUGCUGUGUACGCUGAUUAUUGGAUUUUUGGUCCUUAUUGCCUUUGUUCUAUACGAAAUGUUUGUUCCUUUGCGACGACCACUUGUGCCCAUUGCACUGUUCAACUAUGGCUACAGUACAUUGAACGUCUUGUCGGCAGUCGGUGGAAUUGUGUACUAUUCCAUGUCUGUUGUCUUCCCUGUCAUGGUAGCGACUCUGUUUGAGACAGAUCCAAUCCGAGGUGGUCUAGUUUCUUGUGCCGUUGGCGGUGGUGUUUGUGCCGGACAGUUCUUUGGAAGCUGGCUAACCGUACCUGGCGGCCAUCUAAAGUAUAAGAUGAUCUUUGUCACCGCAUCCAUGACAGCCUUUCUCGCGGGUUUAGCUGGUGCUACAAAUAGUGAGAGCACUGCCACAGCUUUAGCUGUCAUGGCUGGUCUUAUGGUUGGCUUACUUGAAGUGGCUGUGAGCACCGCAGUAACUAUUGUGAUUGAUGACCAGUCUGAAAUUGGUACCGCUGCUGGCGUCUUUGGGUCUAUCCGAGCCGCUUCUGGUGUCUUGGCCACCGCCAUCUAUGUCUCUGUUCUGCAGAACAAGAUCCAGUCGAACACAAAGUCUAUACUGGUUCCUGCGCUGCUAAAGGCCGGCCUUCCAGUAUCAUCAUUGACAGAUUUUAUUACAGCUCUCGCUGCUGGGGAUACGGCCUCCCUUAGCAAAGUUCCAGGCGUUUCACCAACCAUCCUACAGACUGCUCUCGGUAGUUUCAGGACAGUCUAUGCUGUGUCUUUCAAGACAGUGUACCUGGCCACUAUUGCAUUUGGUGCCCUGAGCUUUAUCGUGGCAUUCUUCGUCCCGGACAUUGAUGACAAGCUAUCUCGCGAUGUCAUUCGACGUCUUGGAUCACAGGAUGACGGGCAUAGCUCCAAGAAAACAGUGGAUGAUGUACAUUCACAGGAUGGGCACUCGCCAGUUUAAUAAUUUGUCAAACUUUCUUUUUAGGCACGAUCUUGGGAGUAUAGCUUUUCUUCAUCUUUUUCUCUUUGGACAGAACGCUUUGAGCGGAUUUAUACAAGCGUCCUUUAUGAUUAGCGUAAUAUGAUUUUAUUAAAUACCAUUCGUUUUUGUUGUGACUAUUGUGACAUUGGACGUGCGUUACUUUGCCAGAGAAGUGAAGGAAUGAUUAAGUCACUGGAAGUGACUAAGGAAGGAGAAAGAAGUGGAAGACACAGGAAAAGGAAGUGAAUACAGGAUGUAUUCGGUAUAUUUAACUAGGGCAGUUCCGACCAUGGAACUUGAAGAAAACAACGAACUUUUACCACAACCUCUCACCGUUUGAUAACACGUGUUAUUAAUCCUUGAACCAACA